GCCUGCCAACACUAGAGGCAGGCACACACACCUAUUUAAACUUUAACCGCAUCCCGGCUACACCGGGCGACGCACGCGCGCUCACUUUCAGCCGACCACACGCUCUCUUGGACAUGGACAGGUCCUACUGCGCGCUUGUGCUCCUCUGCCUGUGCCUCGGCACGCUCCGCUCCGGUUCCGCCGCGUCGGUCACCACCGGCACCCCCGACGGCUCGGAGCUCUGGGGGUACGUCGAAGUCCGGCCAAAGGCUCACCUGUUCUGGUGGUACUACAAGAGCCCGCAGAGGACGUCGACGCCGGGGAAGCCAUGGCCGACCAUCCUCUGGCUGCAGGGUGGCCCGGGCGCGUCCGGCGUCGGGCUCGGCAACUUCAUGGAGGUCGGGCCGCUGGACGUGGACCUGAAGCCGCGGAAUUCGACGUGGCUGCAGAAGGCCGACCUCAUCUUCGUGGACAACCCGGUGGGCGUCGGGUACAGCUACGUGGAGGACGACAGCCUGCUGGUGACCACCGACUGGCAGCAGGCGGAGGACGCCACCACGCUGCUCAAGGCGCUCGUCAAGGAGGUGCCCACCCUGGCGACCAGCCCGCUGUUCCUGGUCGCCGAGUCCUACGGCGGCAAGUACGCCGCCACGCUGGGCGUGUCCGUCGCCCGGGCCGUCCGCGCCGGCGAGCUCAAGAUCACGCUCGCAGGUGUCGCCCUCGGGGACAGCUUCGUUUCGCCGGUGGAUUUCACGGUAUCGUACGUGCCGCUGCUCUUGAGCGUGUCGAGGCUGGAUGACAACGCCGCCGCCGAAGCAAACAAGCGGACGCAGACGGUGAAGAAUCAGAUCGCCGCCGGGCAGUUCGCGGCGUCUCAGGGAUCGUGGAACGACCUGCUGGCCUUCAUAGACACCAAGAGUGGCAGCGUCGACGUGUACAAUUUCCUUCUUGACAGCGGCAUGGACCCAGUGUCGGCAGACACGCCGGCGGCAGGCUCGUCGGCGGCGGCGGCGGCGGCGGCCAGCAACGUGCAGGCGUUGAGGUACUCGACGUACCUCGGCACCCAGGACUCUGCUGGCUCCUCCAACACCAUCUCCGGCAUCAUGAACGGUGUCAUCAAGGAGAAGCUCAAGAUCGUCCCCAAGGACCUCAAGUGGGUGGAGGUCUCCAACGCCGUCUACUAUGCGCUGGUCAACGAUUUCAUGAAGCCAAGAAUCGAUGAGAUUGAUGAGCUACUAUCUUAUGGUGUGAAUGUCACGGUGUACAAUGGGCAGCUCGACGUAAUCUGCUCUACCGACGGCGCUGAAGCAUGGGUUCAGAAGCUCAAAUGGGAUGGGCUGAAGACCUUCCUGAGCCUGCCGAGGCAGUCUCUGUACUGCGGCACCAGCAAAGGAACCAAGGCAUUCGUCAGGUCCUACAAGAACCUGCAUUUCUACUGGAUUCUUGGAGCUGGCCACUUUGUGCCUGCCGACCAGCCUUGUAUCGCGCUGAGCAUGAUCGGCAGCAUCACCCAGUCUCCGGCCAGUUAGCGGAUUUUAUGUGAUACGCAAAGAUCAAAUGAAGAGACGUCAACUGGAAGCAGCUACCACACGGACGCGGGCAAUGCAGCACUCUUGAGUACAGUGAAGGUCGCAUACUUUUGAAGGCAAUUCUGCUGAUGAUACCUGUGAUUUGGUUACAGUUUUCUAUACUGUGAAAAAUAGAGCGCUGGUGCGAUAGGAAAAGUGGAGAAGUACUUUUUUUAAUGAUUUUUUGUAGUGGGUCGAUUGAUUUAUGUUGCGUUUGGGAGAAAAAAACACUUAAUUUACAAUAUCACUUUCAGAGGUUGUAAAGUUGCAAAAUUUCCAUAUUUAGCAUAAACAUCCGACCAUCGAAUUCAGCA